GGAAAGACGGGGUACCCCUCCCAUCCCUGCCUGACCUGCACGCUAGCAAAACCCAACGCGUCUACCGAACGCGUCUAAGUGGUAGCUGCUGCCAUAACCCGCCCAUUCCUGUUCCCCAAACUUCAGCCCGGACUGGAGGCUGGGAUGGUGGAGGCCUGAGUUUCCCAGCGACCGCUUCAAAGGACUCCACUGGGGGUCGGAGGAGAGCGCUGGGGUGCCGACGGGGUUCCCUCAGACCCCCGCGCUCACAGCCCUGCCACCCGCGCGCCCUCUGCGCGGGCCAGAGGCGCACCCAGGAGGGCGCUCGGAGAAGCCGCCAACUUUGCCGGCUCACUCCGCACACCCGCACGUCCACCGCCACGAGGCCCGCGUGGGCAACGGGCUCCGCGGCGCUGCUCAGGCGCACGGGGCGCCGCUCAGUGUCUUCGUGGACCUGUGCGUGGCCGUGAAACGCCGCUCCCCGCGCGGAGGGGUAGGGGUGGCGGGGAAAGAGGAAUGUCGCCGGCUGGGCGCUCACGUGGGUGCGUGGGCGCGGAGAGGGCUGGCGGUGCAUCCGGCGUGGGCGGCCUGGAGCGACCUCGCCCCGCCCUCUGGGUCCCCAAGCCCGCCUUCCCCGGCCUGGCCUCGGUCACCCCAGUCCCCACUUUGGCGCCCCGGCUUUGAGUCUACGCCCCCGCCUCCAGCUCCACACCCCGUCCCGUCCCCUCCCCCCAAGUCUCCGCCUUUCUCCGUCUCUCCACCGCGGGCUCGAAGCCCGGGCGCCCGCCCCCCGCCCCCGGCCUCCGCCCCCGGCUCUACCCACGCCCUCCGCCCGCCCGGCAGCCAGCGCCGCGCCGGGCCUCGCUCCCCGUGCGUCCUGCGGGGGCGGAGGCGCGGAGAGGCGGCGAGCGCAGCCGGGGAGGGGGGUGGGGGGCAGAGGCACAGACAGAGUCGCGGAGGCUCGGAGAGGAGACGUGGAGGGAGGGACGCAGCCCGGACAGCGGCGGACACGGCCUCCCACGCGGAGAAGAUCGCAGCGAGCAUCGGGCGCCGGGCGCCGGACACCGAGAGGGGCAGCCCUUGGUGGUCUCCGGCCGUCCAUGCACAGAGCGCCCUCGCCCACUGCCGACCAGCCGCCGGGCGGAGAGGACAGCGCCCGCCGGACACCGCAGCCCAGACUCAAGCCUAGUGCCCGAGCCAUGGCACUGCCUCGGACACUAGGGGAGCUGCAGCUGUACCGGGUCCUGCAGCGCGCCAAUCUCCUUUCCUACUAUGAGACCUUCAUCCAGCAGGGAGGGGACGACGUGCAACAACUGUGCGAAGCGGGUGAGGAGGAGUUCCUGGAGAUCAUGGCGCUUGUGGGCAUGGCCACCAAGCCUCUCCAUGUCCGACGCCUGCAGAAGGCACUGAGAGAGUGGGCCACCAAUCCAGGGCUCUUCAGCCAGCCAGUGCCUGCUGUGCCCGUCUCCAGCAUUCCGCUUUUCAAGAUCUCUGAGACCGCGGGCACCCGGAAAGGGAGCAUGAGCAACGGUCAUGGCAGCCCAGGGGAAAAGGCUGGCAGUGCUCGAAGUUUUAGCCCCAAGAGUCCCCUUGAACUUGGAGAGAAGCUGUCACCAGUGCCUGGGGGACCUGGGGCAGGAGAUGCCCGAAUGUGGCCAGGCCGGAGCACACCAGAGUCUGAUGUCGGGGCAGGAGGAGAAGAAGAGGCUGGUUCGCCCCCCUUUACCCCACCUGCAGGGGGAGGAGUCCCUGAGGGAACAGGGGCUGGGGGUUUGGCAGCCCCUGGGGCUGGGGGUGCUCCUGAUAGACUCGAGCCAGAGAUGGUACGCAUGGUGGUGGAGAGUGUGGAGAGGAUCUUCCGGAGCUUCCCGAGAGGGGAUGCUGGGGAGGUGACAUCCUUGCUAAAGCUGAACAAGAAGCUGGCACGGAGCGUGGGGCACAUCUUUGAGAUGGAUGAUAAUGACAGCCAGAAGGAGGAGGAGAUCCGCAAAUACAGCAUCAUCUAUGGCCGCUUCGACUCGAAGCGCCGGGAGGGCAAGCAGCUUAGCCUGCAUGAGCUGACCAUCAAUGAGGCUGCUGCCCAGUUCUGCAUGAGGGACAACUCGCUCUUACUGCGGAGGGUGGAACUCUUCUCCUUAUCGCGCCAAGUGGCCCGAGAGAGCACCUACCUGUCGUCCUUGAAGGGCUCCAGGCUCCACCCUGAAGAAUUGGGAGGCCCACCACUGAAGAAGCUGAAACAGGAGGUUGGAGAGCAAAGUCACUCUGAAAUCCAGCAGCCUCCCCCAGGCCCUGAAUCCUAUGCACCCCCAUACCGCCCCAGCCUGGAAGAAGACAGCGCCAGCCUGUCUGGGGAGAGCCUAGAUGGACACUUGCAGGUGCCCAUGCCCACAGCUGUGGGGUCAUGCCCAAGGCUGACGCCGCCCCCUGCUGACCUGCCUCUGGCAUUGCCAGCCCAUGGGCUGUGGAGCCGCCACAUCCUGCAGCAGACACUGAUGGAUGAGGGGCUGCGGCUAGCCCGCCUCGUCUCCCAUGACCGCGUGGGCCGCCUCAGCCCCUGUGUGCCUGCAAAGCCGCCUCUCGCAGAGUUCGAGGAUGGGCUGCUGGACCGGUGCCCUGCCCCAGGACCCCAUCCAGCUCUGGUGGAAGGUCGCAGAAGCAGCGUGAAAGUGGAGGCUGAGGCCAGCCGGCAGUGAGGGGUGGACUGGUACCCUCUCACCCAGGCCCUGGGGUUUCUGGCUCCCACAGAUCCCUACUCUCUCCAUCCCUGGUCUCUAGUCACAACUCUGGAUCCUUCCGCUGCCCUUCUCCUGCCUCCCCACUUGCUCCAUGGGCAUAAAACUAUGGGGCUUCAAGCAAUAACGAGCAGGGGCCUGGCAAGAGGACACGACGAGGGCGAGUUCUGCCCCUCACCCUUGCCCACAGCACGGGGGCAGGGACUCUGCCUCCAGGGCAUCUGGAGUUCUCCCCUCACACAACACACUCCCAUUCCCUCUAGUGUGAACCAGUGGUGUGAGCAGUUGGACUCAGUUUGGAUAUGGGGGAAAGGGGAACUUCCCUGGGAAGGUCCAGCAGCUAAAAAUGGAAAUGUUUCCCCCCAGAAAUGGGGGCCUGGGGACACUGGACCUGCUCUUCCUCCCCUCUGCUCCCCCAUUUUUGUGCUUCUAGUUUGUUUCUUUAAUUUAACAAGUGCUGCAGUUCACCCUCCCAUGCCCAUCUUUUCCCCCAAGUCCCAGCAGUUCUUUUCCUCCUGUCCUGCCCUCUCUGGGGGUGGGGUGGGGGGUGGAUGUGGGGUCCCUUUCAUCAGCCCCCACGGGAGGCCUGGGUUGGACUCAGUGUCUCCCGCAGCUGGGGGCUGGACCACAGCAUCUGUCUGAGCGGUUAGAGCGUUUUUCUUUUCAGAUCGUGUACAGUAGAUUAUUUAUUUUGUUAUUUUGGAAUAAAAUUUAUUUUAUGGCUUAUGA